AUGACCUCUCCACCAAUCUCUCUCCGCAUCGGGCAUGUCCUCAAGUGCUCCCUCUUCCCGCGCCCGUUCGCCAUGGCCGACCCGCCCUCCAUCGCCCGUGGCAUGUCCGCCCCCUUGAACACGCUCCGCCGCCGCGGCAUCCCCUCCCGCGCCGCAACCUUCGCCGACGGCGCAAACUGGCCGAGUCCGCGUCGCAACUCGACGCUGUCGGACUCGAUAUCGGAGGCGCGUAACUCGAUCCGCUCCUCUACCGACGAUUUAUUCUUGCCGCGAGUGCCUACUGCCGAGGCCCCGCUCUCUACUGAUGAGUCCCAUUGGCAUUCGGCGCCGCUGGCGCUUGCUCUGCUGCCGGCAAUCGCGGGGGUUUUCUUUCAUGAUGGCAGUUCCUUCGUGACGGACGUGACGUUGUUGGUGUUGGCCGCCAUUUUCCUCAACUGGUCUGUCCGGCUACCAUGGGAUUGGUAUCGCUCCGCGCAGGCAGUUCGACAGGAAGACAGUGGAUUUCAGGCUGUGACCGACGACACAAUUGAGAUUGAACUGGAAGAGGACGAGGCAACAGACGCGGGGGAUAACUCGCAGCAACACAAGCCGUCACCACAGCAUACUGCGGCAACGUCUGCUAGCAAGGAGCUGCAGAUCCACGAACUCGCCGCGCUCGCGUCCUGUUUCGUGUUCCCCGCGGUUGGGUCAUGGCUGCUUCAUGCAAUCCGAUCCAGCCUCUCUCGGCCCUCGGAGGGCCUAGUAUCGAAUUACAAUCUCACCAUUUUCCUCCUCGCAUCAGAAGUGCGCCCCGUUGCACACCUAUUGAAGCUCGUGCAAGCACGCACGCUCCAUCUACAGCGAGUUGCGGCCUCAGCAAGCUUCAAUGAUCCCGUCGACCCUGGGACCGUCCAAGAUCUCACGAAACGCCUCGAAGAGCUCGAGGCCCACGUCGCCGAGACCACGGCCGUACGCCUCGCAUCAUCAAUGUCUGAACCAACCCAAUCCCCAUCAUCACCGCAUGGACUCGGUGACAGUCCAGCAUUGGCGGCGCAAGCCGUCGCCGAAGCGCGCCAAGCUCUCCAGCCCGACAUCGAAGCCCUCAACCGCGCCAUGCGCCGCUACGAGAAACGCACCGCCGUCACGGCGCUCCAAACCGACACCCGGCUCCAGCAACUCGAGGCCCAGACCCGCGACGCGAUCGCUCUCGCGGCGGCGGCGCAGCGCUCCAUCGCAUCCCGUCGCCCCAGCUACGCCUUCACGCUCAUCGACUGGGCUUGUGCCUGCCUCGUGGUCCCGGCCCAGCUCGCCUUGUCUAUUUUUAGCCUUCCCGGCCGUGUAGCAUCCCGUUGUUUACUUGCUGCUCGCCGUAUGCUAGGUCGUCCGGCCCAAGCUGCUCCACAGCCUCGCUCGAAAAAGGCCAAGGGGAAGGCUCCCCAGGGAUACGCUGACUCGCAACUUCGCUCACAGUCGCCUCCCCCACGCCGCGCGCCUGCUCUUUUGCCGCUAUCGCGCCAGUCUGCAGGUUCGGUGCGGGUGGCCUCGGGAUAG